CAGUAAAGGAAGUGAAGUUGAAGUGGAAGAAGCUCCGCGACAGCUACCGCGACGCGCUGAAGAGACAGAGCGAGAUGCUGGCCAAAGACCCCGCCAACCCUGCCAAGAAGAGCUACCCCUGGAAGUACAUGGGGCUGAUGCAGUUCCUGCAGCCAUACAUGAGCAACCGCAAGAAGCCGGCCAGCUCGCCGCCAUACCCGACGCCGCAGCAGGCCGCGGAGAACGGCCACGCCGAGCACUCGUCGUCGUCGUCCGACUCCGAGGCCGAGUCGGCGCCCAAGCGCAAGGGCUGCGAGCAGCUGACCGUCAUCGACCGCAAGCUGGACUACCUGUGCAAGGCGCAGUCCGCCAAGCGCGCGUGCCUGGACGCGGCGCCCUGCAAGCGCGAGCCGGCCGCGGCCGCGCCCGCGCCGCCCGCGCUGCCCGACCCGCUCGACAUCUUCUUCAACAGCAUGUGCCAGUCCACCAAGCGCUUUCCCUUCCCCACGCAGAUUAAGAUAAAGAAGACCCUGUUCAACGCGGUGAUCGAGGCGGAGGAGGCGCUGCUGGCGGAGCAGGCGAGCUACGCCAGCCUGUGGGCGGCGGGCGCGGGCUCGUCCUCCAGCAGCGAGGCGGGCUCGGACGACGAGCGCAAGCCCGCCUGAGCGCCCACCCCGAAUAAACUAAUUAUAAAUACCUACCUAGAGUACCUAGCACAUCUAUAAUUAAUUGAUUUAAUAGUUACCUAAUCCAGUGACUUCUUCAAAGCAAUUUCUCACUUACAUAAACUUAAUGCAUCCUGAAAAAAUACUGGUCAAGUGCGAGUCGGACUUGCGACACUGGUGGUCCCGUAAAAAACAAAUAAUUCGUAUGGUAUUAAGUAUAUGUAUUUUAUGCUGUAAAAAAGUUUGACACCACAGUUAGGAAUUCAUCCUUGAGUCGCGGGGGGUUUACAAACAUACGUAACUCUCAUGCACAAAGACACCAAGACUUAGACGAAUGCUUGUUAUUCGGGCAUCGCACAAGAUGACGUGAGAUACAGCCACUGACAGCCAGGUGAUAGUUGGACGGAUACACAGCGAUGUCUCAGUAAUAUUGCUCCGUGUUUGAGGACUGAACACCAAACAUGGUGUACGUGACCUUCAGCUGUUUCGUGAGCGUUAUUAACGACAGGACCCGUCCAUGGGUUGGGGCAUCUGAGAAAAAUAAACAUUUAUGAAUUGAAUUUUAUUUAGCGGUACCGCAUUACAAAAACUAUUGCAAUAAUGAAAGGAAAACUAUAUGGCAGUAAGUAGGUAUUGUAAGAAUGACUGAAAUAAUUAAGAAUAUACCAUUAUCAUAAAUAGUUUUAAGUUGGUUAAGAUUGUAAAUUACCUUGUAUGGAUAAUAUUAAUAUAGCUGCCUCCUUAUAAUUGUAAAUGUACACCUAUUCAAAUUCUAAACCUAUUGAUGUAUGUAUAUUUUAUGAGUAAGAAAGUUAAUUACACUUUUUAGCAAAGU